AAAUUGCACUUUACCCUCCUUUCUUUCGGUCCUUGUUUCUCUAGUCCUAUCUUUGUAUUUCCAGCCAAAAAGAAGUUUCCAGUUUUAACCCAGAUCAAAGACAUGUCCCUAAUGCUUCGACCUGCAAAAUUCACCAAACCUUCCAUAAACCUCCUCCACCUCCACCAACACCUUCAAUCCUUAACCACCACCGCCGCAGCCUCUCCUCCACCAGUUCCAAGUGCCGUAGGCCCUAUUGAUGAAGCCCACCUCCUUAGAGUUUGCACAGUCCUCUACCAACAGCAAAACGCACCUGAUACGAAACUGCAUGCCAGCCUCAGCAAAACACCGUUCCAUCUCAGUCACGAGUUUUUCCUCCAAGUAUGCAACAAGUUCCCAUAUUCUUGGCGACCAGUUUACAGAUUUCAUAAAUUCUCCCUUUCCCAACAGAAUUUCACCCACACCUCAACCACGUUUAACAAGACUCUUGACAUAGUGGGAAAAUCAAGAAACAUUGACCUUUUCUGGGAUCUCUGCCACGAAAUAGGAAAACUUCGUUUGGCUAACCUCAAGACUUACAUAAUCGCAUUGAGAACACUAGCUGCUGCUAGAGAGUUAAAGAAGUGUGUUGAGUUUUUCCAUUUGAUGAAUGGGUUUGGAUACGAGUACAAAGUUGAGACCUUUAACAAGGUGGUUGAAGCUUUGUGUAGAAACAAGCUUGUACUGGAGGCUAAGCAUGUAGUAGUGAAGUUGAGAGAUCGCAUUGAGCCUGAUGGGGUGACUUACAGGUGGUUGAUAUAUGGAUUUUGCGAUGUAGGCGAUUUGAUUGAGGCCUCAAAGGUGUGGAAUUUGAUGGUGGAUGAGGGGUUCGAGCCUGACGUUGAUGCAGCAGAGAUUAUGUUGGAGACCCUAUUCAAGAAUAAUAAGUUAGAUGAGGGAUUGAAGCUUUUUCAGUCAAUGAGGGUGAAGAGGAUGGAUGAUUUGGGGCUGUCUACGUAUCGGCUUGUGAUCAAGUGGUUGUGUAAGAGAGGCAAAUUGGGGGAGAGCUAUGUGGUGUUUGAGGAAAUGCAAAUGAGAGGGAUUAAACCUGAUAAUGAGGUAUUAGGCUCCAUAAUUUAUGGGCUUAUGAGUCGAGGAAGGGUGAAUGAGGCUUUUAAGGUUCUUGAAGGGGCUGAAAAUGCUGAUAUACGUGUGUAUCAUGGGAUGAUCAAGGGGCUCUUGAAGUUGAAGAAACCCAGUGAGGCUACACAAGUCUUCAGGGAGAUGAUAAAACGAGGUUGUGAGCCAACGAUGCAUACAUAUGUCAUGUUGUUGCAGGGACAUUUGGGGAAGAGAGGGAGGAAAGGGGAAGAUCUGUUGGUGAAUUUUGACACGAUUUUUGUUGGAGGUUUGGUUAAGGCAGGGAAGUCAUUGGAAGCAACCAAGUAUGUGGAGAGAGUGAUAGACAGAGGACAUGAGGUGCCGAGGUUUGAUUACAACAAGUUCUUGCAUUACUUUUCUAAUGAAGAAGGUGUAGUUAUGUUUGAGGUUAUGGCUGAGAAGUUGAGAGAAGUUGGAUUGUUUGAUUUAGCAGAUAUAUUUGCUAGGUAUGGCCAGAAAAUGUCAACUAGAGAUCGACGAAGAAAUAGAGCAACCAAAUCAUUAGAAGAGCUUUCACUUACAUUACCACCUACUUCUAGGGUGUGAUCUGAUGCGUGCUUGGUUAAAGAGAAUUUGUUCGUCGUUGUGGCUUGUAGCUAUAACUCAGAAUGUGAUGAUAAGAAACAAGACAAAUUGAUAGCCUUUAAAGCAAUGACAUUCAUGCUGGGUACAAAAUUUGGGAUGAGAAUUGUUGCUUAUAAUGUCUUAUAUUCCAUGGCUUAUGGCAGUAACUGUUGGUAACUAGUAAUUUAACUGUUUUCCUUGAACCUGGCUACUUCUGCAGCACCAUUUCCUCUGAUCUACAUCGUGUCAUAACCUCUGACUCCGCCUUUUGAGGACAUCUUUUUCCAGAUAAAAGCACAAGGCAGUUUUAUAUGUAACCUCUAUCGAACAGGCACGCAUCCUAGUUGGCAGUAAUACCAGGAUACUUGAUGUGAUUACGAGGAGUCAAGAUUAUGUUCAUACACAAGAUGAUCACCAUACAGUUCUUGUUCCUGAACGUCGUUUUCUAACAAAUGGUUUUUGGCAUACAAGCAGGCGCUAGUCACUCCCGUUUUGCAGAUCAAUCUCCGCGGCUUCCCCGGGAAGCUGUGUGACAAGAAUCCCUGCUCUCUCUAUCAGACCAACCUUUUCAGAAAUGAUAAUCCAUCCCCGCCAACAACGCCU